AUAGGUUAUCAAAUCUAUAUGCCACUCCUAAUUCGUUUUCCACAUAUAAAGAAACUCCAAAGGCCUGAACGGCAGUAGAGACCAAAAGACAGUAGAGACCAAAAGGAGGAGAUAUGGAAAACGGAUCAAAGAAAUGGGGUUUUGAGGCCAAUAACAGUAAGGCACUAAUGACAGCCUCUGCUAUAACAGUGCGUGGAGUUCUCAAUACUUUAAUGGCAAAUCUCAACAAACAAGAUCAAAGACCGCUAAUUCCUUUCGGUUACGGCGAUCCUUCUGCCUUUCCUUGCUUCCGUACCACUUGUAUCGCCGAAGAUGCCAUCGUCGACGCCUUAAAAUCCGCCAAAUAUAACUGCUAUGCUCCAACCGUUGGUAUUCUUCCCGCUAGGAGGGCUAUUGCAGAUCAUCUUAAUCGUGACCUUCCAUUCAAGUUAUCACCAGAUGAUGUUUUUGUUACACUUGGGUGCACACAAGCUAUUGAAGUGACAUUAACAGUUCUUGGUCGACCUGGGGCUAACAUUUUGGUUCCAAGACCAGGUUUCCCAUACUAUGAAGCUGUGGCUGCUAUAUCUAAUCUUGAGGUUCGCCACUUUGAUCUUUUACCAGGGAAAGGGUGGGAGGUUGAUCUUGAAGCUGUUGAGGCUUUAGCUGAUGACAACACUGUUGCUAUUGUUGUAAUAAACCCUGGCAAUCCUUGUGGAAAUGUCUACAGCUAUGGACACUUGAAGCAAAUUGCAGAGACAGCUAGAAAGAUUGGAAUUAUGGUUAUUGCUGAUGAGGUUUAUGCACAUCUCACAUUUGGGAGAACCCCCUAUGUGCAAAUGGGAAGUUUUGGGUCAAUUGUGCCUGUGCUUUCACUUGGAUCUAUCUCUAAGAGAUGGAUUGUUCCUGGCUGGAGAAUUGGUUGGCUUGUUGCUGCUGAUCCCAAUGGAAUCCUUCAAAAAUCUGGGGUUAUUGACUCAAUAGUUAGCUGUCUCAAUCUCUCCGCUGACCCUGCAACCUUCAUUCAGGGUGCAAUUCCUGAGAUCCUCGAGAACACGAAGAAGGAUUUCUUUCUGAAAAUUGUUAACUUACUGAGAGAGGCAGUAGACAAAUGCUAUGACAGAAUUCAGCAAAACCCUUACAUUACUUGCCCAAUGAAGCCAGAAGGUUCUAUGUUUGUAAUGGCGAAACUGAAUUUGUCACUAUUGGAGGACAUCAAGGAUGAUAUGGACUUCUGUCUCAAGCUGGCUAAAGAGGAAUCCGUCAUAGUUCUACCUGGGAUUGCUGUAGGAUUGAAGAAUUGGCUUCGCAUAACUUUCGCCAUCGAGCCCUCAUCCCUUGAAGAUGGCCUUGGAAGGAUGAAGUCAUUCUGUGAAAGGCAUGCCAAGAAGCAAUAAGGAAAUGAAGCUGGAGGGAUCAAUAGUGUCGUUGAUCGUGUGGCUCAACUGCAGUAUGGUUUUAGGAUGUCAAGUUCCCUAGUUAGCCAAUGUAUAAAGGUCUCCCUGAGAGGGGAAGGGAAGUGCUUGGAGAUCAACAACUUCCGUGUUUGAUCUCAGAUAAAGUAGUUUACUCUAAACCUUAAAGUUGAAGUGUCAUUAGAUGUCUCAAGUCCUUGUAUUAUAUGUAGUUUUUAGAUGAUAUACCAUUGAAACUCAAAAAUUUAGUAAAAAAAAAAAAAAUAAUUAGAUUGUUCGGUUUGGCAUUACAAACCAGAACAUCCAUCUUCCAUUAGAAUAGCUUAUUAGGGAGAGCAUAUCUUAGUUCAAAUCGAGAAAUUGAACUUAAAUCGAAUAAUUUCAAUUUAGCGGUUCGAUUAGUCGGAACGUUCGGUUUAAUUCGAUUAAUAUUUUUAUUUUUCA